AGAUUUCCAGUCACAGAGAAAGUGCAAGUUUCUAGAUUUCUUUUAAAUUUGAAGUUAUUGUGUCAAAUGACUUCUUAAAAAAUAUUCGAUGUAUAACUCUUCAGAAUUAAAGGCAAUGGGAACAAUUUGUUAUUUUUUUCCAAUUGUUUGCAUAUUUUUCGCUGUCAGAUGAUUUUCCAGUGCUAUGACAGCAGUGCAAAAUUGCUUUCGAUUGGUUCGUUUGCGGGAAAGUGUGUGGUGUAGGAAAUAACAAGAAAUUUUCGGGAAUCCGAAAUAUAGAAUAUUUCAAUUAAAAAAUCUCUUGAAUUAGGCGCAUUGUAAUGUCGGGCUUAAUUUCGAUAACAGUACGGCGUCUCCCACGCGAUGUCCUUAAACUGGGAAUGCAAGCUGCACUUACUCAGGAGGUUAAAUCAGCAUGUGUAAUACGCCAAUUUUCAAAGUUAUCAGUGGUAACACAAACCCAGGCUAUUACAAGAAGUGAAGCCCUUCCUACCGUCGCAUACCCCUCUCAAAGAACUAUCAAUUCUUUUGGAACUCAAGGUUUUCACACCACUAGUAAUUUGUGGACCACUGAGACGGUAAAAACGCCUCCUUUCCCUGAGUCCGUAGCCGAAGGAGAUGUCAAAUUUACUGUUAAAGUUGGAGAUUAUGUGGCUCAAGAUCAGGUUGUUAUGGAAGUUGAAACCGACAAAACUGCAAUGCCUGUCCCUGCGCCUUUCGGAGGUGUAAUUCGUGAGAUAUUAGUAGAAGAUGGUGUAACAGUGAAAGCCGGUCAACCUUUGUUCAAAAUAGAAAAGGCGGAAGGUACGCCAACUGCAGCUGCCGCUGCACCGGCAGCUGCUGCACCUCCACCUGCAAAACCUGCUGCUCCUGCACCAGCUCCAGCUGCAGCACCGGCACCAAAACCAGCUCCUCCGGCUGCAAGACCACCACCACCACCUGCAGCAAGAGCUGCUCCUCCACCACCACCUCCUAAGCCCUCAGCACCUGUGGGCCAAAUUCCAGUUGCUUCUGUGCCACCUGCUCAAGCCGCUCCACAAAUAAAGGUUCCACCAAGUGAUUAUUCGCGUCAGAUUACCGGCACCCGAACCGAACAACGUGUGAAAAUGAAUCGAAUGCGCCAAAAGAUUGCAUCUCGUUUGAAGGACGCACAAAAUACAAACGCGAUGUUGACCACGUUCAACGAAAUCGAUAUGAGCGCUGCCAUGGAAUUCCGUAAAAGUAAUCUAGAUGCUUUCCAAAAGAAGUUUGGCAUCAAGAUAGGAUUUAUGUCUAUAUUCUCUAAAGCCUCUGCUUACGCAUUACAAGAUCAGCCUGUAGUUAAUGCUGUUAUUGACGGUCAGGAAAUCGUGUAUCGCGAUUACGUGGAUAUCUCAGUGGCUGUUGCUACACCCAAGGGUCUAGUAGUGCCCGUGAUAAGAAAUGUCGAAAGUAUGAAUUAUGCGGAUAUUGAAAUUGCCUUGGCUGCACUUGGUGAAAAAGCAAAACGGAAUGCAAUCGCCAUUGAAGAUAUGGAUGGUGGAACCUUCACCAUCAGUAAUGGAGGCGUAUUCGGUUCGUUGAUGGGAACGCCAAUUAUAAAUCCUCCCCAAAGUGCUAUAUUGGGUAUGCAUGGCAUAUUUGAGCGACCAGUUGCGGUAAAGGGACAAGUUGUCAUACGUCCAAUGAUGUAUGUUGCUCUUACUUACGACCAUCGACUGAUUGAUGGACGUGAGGCUGUAAUGUUCUUACGUAAAGUCAAGGCUGCUGUAGAAGAUCCUAGAAUAAUGCUGGCUGGAUUAUAAA